AUGUUUACUGCAACUUUUGAAGAAAAAUUUAAACAAUUGGCUAGUUCAUUUCUUCGUGAUAAUUAUAUUAAAGUGAAAAUUACUCGAAAUAUACCUCCAUAUCUCAAACACCAAGUGCUCUGGGUAGAUGAUUUUGACAAAGACGAUAAGCUGAAGGAAUUGUUAAAUGAACUUUUAAAUGAUCAGAAAAAUAAAAUUAUUGUAUUUGCAAAUACAAAGGACAGAUGCAAUCGAAUUGCAGAAUUUCUUGGUAAUGAGAAUUUCAAAGUUUUAUUAGUACAUGGAAAUCUAUCAGCUGUUGAGCGUUUAAAAAACCUUAGAAAAUUUGUAGCAGGAAAAGCGAUUAAAAUUCUGAUUGCCUCAGAUGUAUUGUCGAGGGGGACCGAUAUUAAGGAUAUAACGCAUGUGAUAAAUUACGACUCUCCAGAAAAAUUGACAACUUAUAUCCAUCGUGUUGGACGUACAGCAAGAAUGGGGAAAAAAGGUAAAAAGAAAUGA